UCGAAGUGGAAGCGAAUAGCCACAGUCGAAGUGUGUUUUCUCUGGUGGGAAUAUUCUUUGCUGCCUGAGGAAUCCAAACGGGAUGGCUACUCUGCCCAGAUCCUUCUCUCCAAUCCAAAAUCCUCAAACCCACUUCUUAUCCGGUCCUUUGAAGCCGCCAACUGACCAAUGUUUUCUAAAAGUUAGCUCCAGUGAUUCAUCUCUAGGUACCACUUCCUGUGGUAAAGUAAAACUUGAGACAAAUAAAAGGUUGUUUACUGUUCGAGCAGGUGGGGAUGUUGGAAGACCAAAUACUGCAAGUAUCUUUGUUGGUGGCUUUGUAUUGGGAGGCAUAGUUGUGGGAACAUUAGGCUGCAUAUAUGCACCUCAGAUAAGCAAGGCACUGGCUGGAGCUGACAGAAAAGAUCUGAUGAGGAGGUUACCAAAAUUCAUAUAUGAUGAGGAGAAAGCCUUGGAGAGGACCCGUAAAAUAUUAACUGAGAAGAUUGCACAAUUGAAUUCUGCCAUAGAUGAUGUUUCUGCUCAGCUGCGAGCAGAUAAUGCUCCUAAUGCCAAUGGAGCUGCAGUGAAUUCAGAUGAGAUUGAAGCUUCUAUAUAACAAAAUACCAGUCAGAAAUUUGCAUAUAAAUAAGCACUAGUUACAUUGAUUAAUACUGUAAAGUAAUGUUUAUAAUCUUGUAAUCCUUUCUAAUUUUCUACUUGGGUAAUGGAUUCCUUUUAACAUUGAGGACAGAAACUUGUUGCUUGGACAGGGGCAUCAUAAACCUUUCCUUUUCCUUCAA